CCAGCACGACUGUCUCCACCAUAGAGACAGGCUGGUUACGACCAUCAAUAAAACUCCACCAUAAAGACAGGUGUAUGCACACUGCGGGCGGCAUGCGCCAUGAGUAACAGCCUAGCGAAGGUAUCCUCUGCUCUGUCUAGGGUAAUAACCGGCUAGAGGAACUAGCAUACGCGUGGCGGCCGGUGCUGAAAUCGAUCUCGACGCAUCAAGCCCCGCGCCUCCCGCGAGAGGGCAGGUUGAAUAGGCGCGCGCCCCCGCGUCGCCCCCGAUUCAGGAAGGGAUACACGGUUACCCGCUACCGAUUGCCUCCCCCUGUCGGCGAAACAGUGGGGAGCCGCAUUCUGCACCAGCUGCCGACGCCGCUGCUUGGCGACCGUUCCAACCCAAUUGGUCCCCGGACGUUUUAGGAUCCACGCUUUGAAGAUGCCAAGUGUGGUCGCUAAAGGAGGGAAAGCCUUAUCUGGUAGCACCGGUCCCGCGGCUAUCGGUGUUCCUAGACGGUCAAAUUCCAAGGGCCGUAGCAGGCGAAGCGUCUUCCCUGUAGCCUUGGGAGUAUCCGCGUUUCUCACGGUUACCGUGCUGCUUUCGCCAGCGCUGCGAAGCCAUUUGCGAAGACUCAGAAGCUCAGAAUCCGCGUCAGAUGGCGAAUCUCCGGGCAGCGGAGAAAGCCGCAAGGGCGAUGACAGCGCAUCGAGGGGUUCACACGCCGGUCCAUCCGCGCCGCGAGGCAACUUGCUCAACGCAUCGCCAGAUUCUUAUGCGCGCAGCACCUCAACCCAGCUACACUCCUCUAAAUCCUCCUCCUCCUCUUCCUCCCCUUCCACCUCCAUCCCUCCGUCCCUCGCGGGCUCUCCCUCAGACCCCACACCGGCAUACCUCCGCCUUCUAGCCAAGGACGAGUCUCCCUGCGUCAACAUCACCGGCCACAGAUGCUCUGAUGAGGAGAUACGACAAGGCCCGCCGCCCAGAAGCAUGGACGAGCCAGUCUUGUCCGCUGCUGACGUGGCGCUGUUUGAUAGGGUGCGGAGGCUGUACCCAGAUGGCAGGCCCAAGGGGAACGGGCAGGAGGAGGAGGACCGAGUGGCGUUCUUAUUCCUCACACGUGGCCCCAUGCCUCUUAGCAGACUGUGGGAGAGAUAUCUACGGGGCCACGAGAGGCGCUACUCCAUCUACGUGCACGCGGCGCCGGGCUUCCAGUACCCGUUGGACUCGUCACCGGUGUUCUUCGCGCGGGAGGUCGCCAGCGAGAAGGUGCAGUGGGGCGACCCGUCAAUGGUGGCUGCGGAGCGCCGGCUCCUUGCGAAUGCCCUGCUGGACCCAGCGAACAAGCGCUUCAUCAUGGUCUCCGAGUCUUGCAUGCCACUGCAUGACUUCCCGUUCACCUACCGCUACUUGAUGGCUGCCAAUCACAGCCUGCUGCACAGCGCGUGUGACAACAACUGGAACUGCAUGGGGCACUACAGCAGCCACAUGCAGCCAUGGGUGCAGCAGCAGCAGUGGUCCAAGGGCUCCCAGUGGUGGGCGCUCACUUGGCACCACGCCUUCCUUGCUGUGACGGAUAGAACAGUCUACCCGACACUCGCCAGAUGGUGCAAGGGUGACAACUGGCACAGGCAUUGCUACUUGGACGAGCACUAUUUCCAGACACUGCUCAAGAUCCGUGACCCUGACCACGUGGCUAGGAGGGGCCCCACGUGGGCGGCAUGGGCGGGGGGCGCGCACCCAGUGGAGUACGGGGGGGAGCAGCUGACCCCCCAGUUCCUCAGGUCCAUCAAGUGGGAUGCCAAGUGCGACUGGGGCGGCCAGAAGGAGUCCUGCUUCCUCGUGCUCAGGAAGAUUGCACCCAGCGCGCUGGGGACUCUGCUUGACUACACUCCAGAGGAGCUGGGAUACUGAUAGAUGGCACGGCAUAUGGACGAGUAACUGACCAUGCUUGCACUCCCUUGUGAGGGUGGGGGCGGGGGUAGAUGGAGCACUUGUAAGCAUAGUAUUGUAUGGGCUGAAAUGUCGAGUAAUUUUGCUGGUUAGGAGUACGAAUGAUUCACAGCGCCCAAGAUUGGUUUUGGGGCACCCUUAGGAACAGGGCUUCAGAAGUCAGGACAAAAUGCCCUGAAAUGCUGUAUAUCAGGGCUUUUUUUUAGGGUCGUCCUGUUUUUUCAGCUUUUGAUUUUUCCUAGGCCUGAAUUUUAGGGGUUGUCAUUUGAGCAGGCCUGAAAUAUUGUAUGUUCUUGUUUUGGUCACCCUGAAUUAUCA